GUCUUCAGGGCUGACUAAGACACAGAGCUGUUUCAAUCAUGCUCGAGGGUGCUGAGCUAUACUUUAACGUGGACCAUGGCUACCUGGAAGGCCUCGCACGAGGGUGCAAAGCCAGUCUCCUGACCCAGCAGGACUACAUCAACCUGGUCCAAUGUGAGACCUUAGAAGACCUGAAAAUUCAUCUCCAAACCACUGACUAUGGCAACUUCUUGGCUAAUCAAACAAAUCCUCUUACUGUUUCCAAAAUUGACACUGAAAUGAGAAAAAAGCUUUGCAGAGAAUUUGAGUAUUUCCGGAAUCACUCCCUGGAGCCCCUGAGCACAUUUCUCACCUACAUGACGUGCAGUUAUAUGAUAGACAAUGUGAUUCUAUUGAUGAAUGGUGCAUUGCAAAAAAAAUCUGUGAAAGAAAUUCUGGUGAAAUGCCACCCAUUGGGCCGGUUCACAGAAAUGGAAGCAGUCAACAUUGCAGAGACACCAUCUGACCUCUUCAGUGCUGUUCUGGUUGAAACACCAUUAGCUCCAUUCUUUCAAGAUUGUAUGUCUGAGAAUAUUCUAGAUGAGCUGAACAUUGAAAUACUAAGAAAUAAACUCUACAAGUCUUACCUGGAGGCAUUCUAUGCAUUCUGCAAGAAUCAUGGUGAUGUCACAGCAGAAGUCAUGUGUCCCAUUCUUGAGUUUGAGGCUGACAGACGUGCUUUUACCAUCACUCUUAACUCCUUUGGCACUGACUUGAGCAAAGAUGACCGGGAGACGCUCUACCCGACGUGUGGCAAGCUCUAUCCAGAGGGCUUACGCCUACUGGCCCAAGCAGAAGACUUCGAGCAGAUGAAGAGAGUAGCGGAUCAUUAUGGGGUAUACAAGCCUUUGUUUGAGGCUGUAAGUGAUGGCAAUGGGGGAAAGACAUUGGAAGAUGUGUUUUAUGAACGUGAGGUACAAAUGAAUGUACUGGCAUUCAACAGGCAAUUUCACUAUGGUGUAUUUUAUGCAUACACAAAGCUGAAGGAGCAAGAAAUAAGAAAUAUCGUGUGGAUAGCAGAAUGCAUCGCCCAAAGACAUCGAACUAAAAUUAAUAGUUAUAUUCCAAUCUUAUAACACAAUAGUGGGCCUCGAGUGCAGAAAAUGUAAAUGUUAAGAGGAAAAUGAAAGGAAUUGUGUCCUAUUACUUAGAUACAUAUUAGCAAGGCACAAGACACCCUCAUGAGAAGCAGACUCACCGCACACACAGUAACCAAUCCUGUAACCAAACCAAAAGCAUUUCUUGCUUUUUGGCAGCCAUAAGUCUUAUUUCCAUAUAUAUAUCUCAGUAUU